AGCCCCCUUUACCACCCUGUCAGUGUGGAGGAGAAGGGGAGAGAGAGAGAGAGAGAGAGAGGCUGAGAGACUGAGAGACUGAGUGAUAGAGAAAGUGCACGCGAGAGAGAAAGAGAGAGAGCGAGCAACUGUGUGACAGAGGGAAACGAGGCAGGCUGCUUAGAGGAGUGAGAGAGCCAAGGACGAAAUAAGGAACACAUUUUACAAGAGCAGGAAGAGGGAGGAUCGCAGACGAGGGACUCCUUCUGUACUGGACACCUGGGACACAGUCACAUUGAUUGUUUUUUUCACUCGUCUUCUAGCUGGAACCAAGUGGAUUGACUAACCAACUGGUGGAUAUUUUUAAAAAUACGCUUCGUUUCCCUGUGUUAUCUGUCCUCUUGCUGGUUAAGACCGCUGCAGACUGAGAUUGCUUACUGGUUCUGUGCUUGACUCUCAUUUUAUGAUUCUGCUCUGUGCACAAAGUGCAUCUGUCGGCAACCGGUGUUGAGACAUCUCCCCUCUGUCAAGCAGGAGAGCACGCAGCUACCGUCGGAUCAGACUACAGAGAAGAGAGAGAGAGAGCGAGAGAGAGACAGUGUGUGUAUUUAAGAGAGGGAAAGAGAGCGAGAGGGGCAGUGAGAGAGAGUUAGAUUCAGAGUGUUUUGAGAGCGAGGCAGAUUAAAGCGCAGCCGAAAGACUGGAGUGAAACAGCUUAAAUAGAGAAGUGAACCUAUACGUCCUCUCCCGUUUUCCUCGCCAUCCCUUUUCCUCCUCCUCUCCUCCUCCUCCUCCCAUUUUCCAACAUUCACAGGACUACCAGAGCUACUGCCACCUGCACCUCUUCACGUCUUCUCUUUCCCCUUCUUCCUCUACCUCACCCUUAUCACGUGGUACUAUCCAAUACCAGCCAUUAACGGACACGCUGCUCUCGGUUCAAGCAGUUGUGGAAAUAUUUCCAUUGAUCCAGCAGUGAGAGUCUAAGUGAGCAUCCGCCCAAUACUGAGGCUCCUGACCGUUCGUCAGGAGCUUCCCCAUCAGAGGCAGACCUUCUCCCAGCUGCUGUCCGGCACGCAGAUCCUGCCUUCUCCCCGGGAGGACUGGCCAGCAACACACUGGUGCGGGCAGCGAAGACAGGAAUCCCACAGUCCCUCCGUUGCCUCUAUCCCAUUGCUAGCUACUUGGCAGCUCCCGCCCCCGUGUCACCAUUCCCUGCCUCAGUGCUAAGGAUUCCAGCUACAUGGGCAAGCGAUUGGAGCAGCAGCCAAUGUACCCUCAGUACACCUACUACUACCCCCACUAUCUCCAGACCAAGCAGCCCUAUGCUCCACCCCCUCAUCCCAUGGCUCCUCCCAGCCCUAGCACCAACAGCUGCAGCCAGGGAGGGGCAGAGCAGCUGAGUAAGACCAACCUGUAUAUCCGAGGCCUGCCACCUGGGACCACCGACCAGGACCUCAUCAAACUCUGCCAACCGUAUGGAAAAAUAGUGUCAACCAAGGCCAUUCUGGAUAAGAACACCAACCAGUGCAAAGUCCGGCUCAGUGAGCGCACUGCCAAAACAACGUGA